AUGUUGAUUCUGGCCGACCACACGAAGUCAUUCCACGUCGUGUGCGACGCGAGUGACUUUGCAAUUGGCUGCGCGUUAAUGCAGUUUGACGACGAGAGACGCAAACGAGUGGCGAGUUACCAGUCGCGUCAACUGAAGCCAGCGGAGCGCAACUACCUUGUUCACGAUAAGGAGCUGCUGGUCAUGCGCUACGCGUUCAUCAAGUUCCGCGUGUAUCUGUUGGGUGAACAGACGUUUGCUGUCUACACAGAUCAUGCGUCGCUGCGGACAGCGGCGAAGAACCCUCACCUCUCCCAGCGCAUGGCACGGUGGCUCUCGUUAUUCGCUGAAUACAACUUUGUGGUGCACUACAAGCCGGGCAAGACCAACAUGCGCUGA